GAUACAGUAUCCAUACCAAGAAAUCUCUACAACUGCCUAGACCAUGGUUUUGAAAAGGACUAGAGCAUUAGUUCUCGCCUGCCUCCUUAUUUCCCUCUCGGUUAUGAUGAUUCUCAAAACACAUAUGAUCCCAAUACCUCCAUUUCUCUACCACAGCCAAAGCACCCGCGAAAGACCCGUGGCAAGCGAAGGGAUGACAACGGUGGAGACCCCAACGACAACAAAAGAGACCCCAGACACCUCAAUAAGUCUGUUUGUGAGAAUGUCUGGCAAACGACCAGAUCACAGGGAACGUUAUUUGUGUAACGUGUUCAGGACUGCCGUUCUAUUCUGGCCUCCUUCGUUUGGAAAUUUUGUCAUAGCACUUGAUGAGGAAUCACAAGAGGAUCAUGAAUUUGCCGAAAAGUUAAAAACCCAAGCUCAUAAAUACUUUCCUGAUCGUAAACUUGAAUUCUUUUAUGAGCCUCUUCCAAAAAAACAAGACACGCUGGCGUUUCAAGGCUCGCCUAAACCAGCCGGUUACAACAGACAGCUUUGGAGCAGUUUCUUCAUCGACUUGCUUUCAAAUGACACCGUCAUUGCGUGGAUGGACAGUGACUCAGCCUUUUUUACCCCAGUAACAAAAUCCACAAUUUUUAAUGGGACAAAGGUACGAGUCUUAGGCACAGGCUGUACAUUACAAGACCCUGGUAGGGGCUGGGUACAUUCCUGGGCACAUACUUCACAACUGGCACUAGGAGUACCAUUUGUAGCUGAUUUUAUGACUUAUUUUCCGGUUUAUAUGUACCGGGACACUGUCACUCAUUGCAGAGAGCAUAUCCUGAAACACUUAAACACAAAUAAUUUUGAAGAGGCCUUCAGAAUGUUUUACAAGGGCUUUAUCUCGCCAGUCAGCGUUAUACUCAGUUAUGCAUUUUACUUUGAGAGAGAUCGUUACGACUGGAAUUUUAAAAUCUGCAACGACCUAGCAGAAUAUAACAAGAGGUUUCCAACUGGCCAAACCAUUGCGCCAGAACAUGUACAAGAUGUUCUUACCGAGCCUCAGACAGGUUAUCAUGGUUGGGCUGGUCCUGGAUUCAGCAAAAAUACCCUAGCUAGUUACUGUUUAUCUCACAAAGCAGCAGGAAAUAAUUUGGAUAUAUGCUCUAAUCGUACCUUUUUGCCAAGUGAUAAUUUAAUUUUUUUUGUCCACGAUCUUCAGAUGGGUAAUAGAAAUCACCCAUGCAAGGGUAACAUCACCCAAACUUGUUUGCAAGUUUUAGAACAUCAUUAUAACCAAGUCGGGCGUGAGAUAAAACAAGGCCGUAAGCUAGAAUGGAGCACUCUAGAAAUUGCCGAAAAGGUUGCCAGCGAAUUUGGUGUAACAUGUCAGCCGAUUCCAGUUUGAGACUUGACAAGAAUUUCCUUGGAAUAAUGCAGCGAGGUGUAACAGGUUCUAAUAGCGUUUGCUAACUUGUUGAUUCGUGCCUAGCCUUUUGUACUCUUUAUCUGUACAUUAUCAAAGUUGAGUGGUUAUUUUUAUAUUUAAAUUUGGUGGCACAGCGCCGGCCAACUACCAACUGCAUCUCACUGAACAAGAACGGGUCCUUUGUAAUUACGUUAUGUUUAAUAAACGAGCAGCAGUGUUUUAUCGGGUUUAAAAUCACGAGCCGAAGGAGAGUGAUUUUAGACUCGAUAAAACACGUGCUGAGAGUUUAUUGAACUCUUGCAAGAGAGUCAGGUCUCGAUCACACGCGCUUGGAACCUAAUAUGUAAAUGCUAAGGAGUAAAUCUAUGGCAAAGAUGAUAAGGAUGUAAAUAAGGGCCUGUUUACAUGGAUGUGAGGGAUCCCUGGAAGGUGAGGUAGCCCGCUUAGGUGGAUUAACCCGCCUGUCCAUAUAAUCUCUCAUUUUAAUUUGAUCACGUUUACAUGAAAGGUGGGGUGACCCGCCGCAUGUUACCUCACCUAUCUGGAGUCCCCACCUCCAUGUAAACAGGCCCUAAGUAGGCAAAUGUGACAUUUACCAUGUUUGCCCCAGAUUUACUUAUCAGUUUUAGUAACAUGGCACGAAAAGCGUAUAAUAGUCUCAACAUAGCUUGAAAAACUGACUUCGCGAACUUUCAAUUUUUUUCGCUUUUAUUACAACUCAUUGAGUCUUCUAAAAGUUGGGAAAUUACCUGAAGAAAGCUGAGCUCGGACGAGGUCAUCUUGAACCUCGUCCGAACACAAGCACAAUUUAUCGCCGUUUACGUUCUCAAAAAGCUUCAAGAAAAAUUAAAAUUUGGUCAAUCUACGACGUAGGGUCAGUAGGGACGGCAAAGAAAUUAACAGACACGUGUGAUGCACGUGAAGAGCUGUUGUUUUGCUUAUUAAUUGCGCUCGUUUAGGGCACGUCCACACAUGGCGUAUUCAAGUCGAAUUUAUCCGAAAGCCUGUCAUUAUUCAAGGGUAUUGUCUCCAAAACAAUGGCUCCCAGUGCCGAGAAAUGCGGCCGUAAGUACAAUAGGUAAUGGCGUCAUUUCGCUGCUAUGACAACUCCAAAAAAUUUUCAUCUUUAUCUAAAACAGCUGUGGUGGUAAUUUUUACAAAUCUUUGCUCAUGGUGACGUAGUUUAUGCUCAAACUUGGGAGGUAUUGACCUUGAAGAACCCUAUCGAACAGACCUUAUAUUAACGGCUUCCGCCACAUGCCAUAGUCUACUGGCUUUCUAUAAUCAAACUUCCCGCAACGAUAGAUUCUGCCCUAUUUGUAACUCUGGUAUAAUUGAAGACAAAUUUCAUUUUCUCUUUCAUUGUCCAAAAUACUCAAUCCCAAGGGAGAAAUUCUACAAUCAAAUCCAACAAAAUUUUGUCGACUUGAAUCAGCUAUCUUACACAGAAUUAAUAAUUAAAUUGAUGAAUUCACAGAAUUUUUCCGUAAAUUCACAUUUGUUGAAAUUUGUCUCAUUAUGUAAUGAUUUACGGAAUAAUUUGUUAUCAAAUCAUGCUGAUGACACUUGAUUGACUAUAGUAAUUAUUGCAUUGCAUUAUCAUUGUUAUGAUUUGUUUGUUUAUUUGUUUGUUUGUUUUUUUAUGUUAAAGCUUUUGAAAUACU